UCAAUAUUGACGUGUUUGUAUUGAGUAAAAGAAUAAACCUGUGGAAACAAUCUGUAUCUCUGUUGCAUACGGCCUUUUAUCUGCGCGUUCUGGGGGGUGGGCUUCAUUCCUUCAUGGUUGGUCACACGUGCCCGUACACUACACAUCAAUAGCUUUAAUGCUAUAGGGUUGACCAGCAGGUAUAGAUAUUAUACAAAACACAAGCAGCAGGUCUAAUAGCAUGUGAAAGGGUAGCACGACUGUCGCUGCGUCUGGCCAAAGUAAUUGCUAUCAUGUAUGAUACUUUAUUUGCCUUUUAUUACCGAGAAAAUUCCUCAAAAGACACUAAAUUGUCUUUUCAAAAGUCCUUCGUUAUGGUGUUUGACUGUCCUACCACUGUUCUCUGCCUAACCCUGACCCGGAGAAGCAAGGGACUGCUUGGUAUUGGAGCUACAAAUCUGUUUUGCUCACUAGACAAACUGCCUAGGUCAGACAAUCACCUGCUUCCCUGAGGGCUUAGGGGAUACAAACCAUGCGCACUAUUCAGGCGGUAUACCAUGGAGGUCAAUCGAUAGAGUGAUAAUGCGUCCCCAAGCCACUCGAAGUAUUGUGUUUCUGAGUAAGUGGCAGGCG